AUGUGGGCUGGCCGCUCCCUGGGAUCCACCCCUGGGGGGAGGAGGAGCGGCAGCACCAGCCAGAGGGAGCGCUGUGUCCCAGCCAGGCCUCGCCUUGUAUCCGGCAGAAAAGAAGCAGGUGAGACGAAAACGACUAAACAACAACAAUCAAGAUCUUAGAAGCUUUAUUGUCAGCCUGUUUCCCAAUGAUCCCAAACAUGGAAUUUGCCUUUAUCACAGCUGCUGUGCACUGGUCCAACAUUUUCACUGAGCUAUUCAACACAACCCCUGGUCAACUGUUGUCAACUUAGCCCCUAUCAGGAUGUAUUGCCUAUUCGUCCAAUUAGGAGCUGUUCAUGAUUCCCUUUUUGUUUUUACCACCUUAACUAAUUUGUGUCAUCAGCAGAACAUAGCUCAAAUCCUAACUCCUCCUUAUUUAUGAACAAGUUCAAAACAGCUCGAAUUGCAACGAGUCCUUUUGGGACUCGCUUCUGACAUCCCUCCAAUCAGACAGCUGCCCAUUUAUUCCUACUCUCCACUUCCUGUCCUCUUAACCCGUGGCUUCUAGGUUUAUUCAAGAGACUUGAUCAAAAUAUUUUUUCCCCAAAGCUUUCCUGCCUGUUCCUCUAUUGCAGGUCAGAAUUUUGAAGAUUUGGCAUUCUUGUGCGACAAAACCACGUAAAAAUAAAGCAGACUUUUUGCAGUGAUUGGAAAAUUCACUGGAAAGAGUGGGGUUACAAUUGCUAGAUGUGACCUCAUGAAACUUCUUUAUAAACCACAUCAAGUUGAAUGCUUAAUAAAUAGGUACAGUAGUUUGGUAUACAUUGCUAUACGUGGUCAACUGCCUUAUCUGUAUCCACAAGCUGAACGCUCUCAGGUUAGGGAUACAGGACUUGUGCAACUGGCUAGAGACUGCAGGCUUACCAGAAAUGAAUUAGAAUAUUGUUCAGUAUGAACACUACAGAAAUACAGUACUGAAGCUAUUUUCUGUGUCCUUGCAGAAGCAUCUGACACCCUUUGCUCAUAGAGUUGAAUGCAGGCCAUGAUUGCCCAGACAACGUUGGGAUAAGCCUCACCCCAUCAAAGAAGACCCUGGGACCAAAUAUAUUCACACUGGGAUUUAACAGGGUCUCCACCGAGCCUUUAUUAUUCACUCCCACCCAUGUACAGGGUAUGAAUAAUUCUCGUUUGAGCCCUUGCCUUUUUCUUGCAAUCUGAUGCUUAGCAUCAUCUUUUGCGUUUCCUGCACGGAACUAAAAUUCCACUUUUUACAUCCCUUCCGCCGUUCUCUCCAUCGCCUAUAGCGAGCACGGGGGCGAUCGCAUAUCUGGUUUCCAGAAUCGCAAAGCUUUCUAUUAAACGCAGUUCCUGCAAAUCAUCGCCGCCUGCCAGUACCGUGCACCAGUCAGAAAACCAUUUCCUCCGGGCGUCUUGCAGCUUUGCAUCCAUGACUUCCUGCAGGUCUGCAACGUGGGGCUGCUCACGUCCUCGAAGGGAUUUCUCUGCAAUGGGUUCUGCACUGCAAAACUCCCCCCCCCCCCGUGUCGGCUGGGUAAAGACAACAACCGAAACCCCCCUGGCCUGCAGUUUUGCAAAUCGGGUCGUUCCCCUGGCGGAUUUCGCAUAGCUCUUUCCGUAAAGCUUUUCCUGCACAUUCACACGUGCAAAUUUCCCAACGCGCAAGGCGAGGCAUUUUUAGUACAGGGACAGCCUCAAGGGCUCUCCAUGCCUUCGCGCCAGCCUCCCCAUCUUUCCCUUCCUCCCUUCCCUGUUUGCUUUGUUCCGAUCCCAAGAAAUCCCAACCCACAGGCGUGCAAACUCAGCAAAGGGAAGGGAGGGGCGUCCCGGGGUCGCGCGCGCGCGCCGAGCUCCGCCCUCCUCGGGAACGCGCAGGAAACCACGUGCCCCAUCCAGGAAGCCGCGUGCGUCGUAGAAAGCAGACGCCGCCGCCGCCGCCGCCGCCCUGGAAGGGGAGCUUCGACCUGGAGGGUAAGAAGGAGGAUCGGGGCCGGAGUGGGCGGAAGGGCCGGGCAUGGGGCACCGCGGCAUGCAAGUAGAUUGACAUGCGCGUGCUGGUUACGCGGGCAGCUUUCAAGCGCGCGACCCCGACCUGCAGGCUGAAGUUCAGCGGGGGAGGCGGCACAUGGGUCCGGCCGAUGGAAUCAAACAGUUGUGAGAUCUGGCAUCCUGCUUCGUGAACGAUCAAGGGGAUCUUUCAGAAGGGUUUCAUGACAAAUCUGAAGAAUCAUGAACUGUGCAGGCUGUUUAUGCCGGCCAGAUUUAAUAUGUUUCCCUCGAUGACAGUAAGAGGAAGAUAUUUAGCUCUCCCAGAAGCGUCUCUGCAAAUGUGGUAGGCAGGAACCUGAGACGUUGGAGCAUAUUUUCUUUUCUUGUGAGUUUGGCAUUUAUGCCAGAAGACAAUUGUUAGAGGCCUUACAACUUAACAGGCUCGGCUCUAUGCUGCCAAUGGUUCAAGACCUGCUCUCGGAUGGGAAUGAUCAAAUUACUUUAAUAGUGGUUAAAUUUUUGAGUGUUGUCCAUGUGGAAAGACUGGGCCAUUAUAGAGAGAUUUAGUGGUUCUUGAUUGCUCAGUGAUGUGGUAGUGUUAGACUGUAUUAUUUAUGCAAAUUGUUAUGCCGAAUUCGUAUUUUCCACAUCUGUAUACAGUGUUUGUUUUAUAAUGUGUGGUUUGCUGUGCCUAAUAAAGGAUUGUUUGAAUAAGAUAAAGGGGAUCAAGGAGGUGUGAGUGUCCUGUCCAAGGUUUGUGGGCGCUCUCUGCCUUGUUUGGUUAUCUCUGUUCUGUUUCUCCAGCAACAAGAGAUCACAAGGUUUCGGUUCUCCUCCGCUCAGAUCUUUGGUUCUGAAAUAGGGGUGCUGGUGGCACCUUUCCUUCCUUUUUCCAGUUGCUCUUAAUCAGAAAAGAGUGCAACAUAGAAGUUUAUCCAGAGGUCACAGAAGCUCUCAUCGGACAGAAAAACAAACCUCCACCUCUCUCAGCUUUUGACGCCAUGUCAAAAAGUAAGUCAUUUUGCCAGGUUUAUGGGUCAAACGUUGCAUUCCUACAAACUGGGGAACCCAAAUGUAAAAUGGUGCUCACCUUUGAUUUCAUUCCCCCCUCUGCAGAGCAGAAAAAAUCCGGGAAGAGACAGAAACAUGGCAAGGUGAGAAGACUGGCAGCACCAACCAUUCCCACUCUUCAUAAGUCCUUUUGAAAAGUGAAAUUUAGCAGGUGGAAGCAUGAAGGGAGCCAACAAGGAAAAGAAGGGCCAGUUGCACUGAAGGCAGCAGAGGUCAAAAAGUGGAAAGGCAGAGAGACAUCUUUGGAUUUGGCAGUGCGAUAGCUGCCAGUAAUUUUAGGGAGCUGAGUUUCAUUGGAGGAGAGGAGGCAGAUUCUGUCUGGGUCAAAAUAAGAGUUGUAAAAGACAAAGUAAGUAAGCUUCACUUAAGUUAAAAUCCAGAGUACAGUUUGCAGAUGUGAAACAUAACAAGAUUCAUGGGCUCAGCAAGGGAGUGGAAAAUAACAGGCUGGGAACUGGGAGGACUUUAUUCCUAAGUUUUGAGGGGAAGGGACUGAAGCUUCUGACUGUAGCACUAGCUGGAAGAACAAGGGUCUUUUAAUUUUUACUUUCAGUGAAGCUAAGGUGAAUUUCUAGGGUCUUCUAUCUCUGAUGUCUCGUCCAGUUCAUUGCCUUUACCAGUGUGUCUCCUUUGGCUUUCAUAGAGAAGGGAUGCAAAGCCUCAUGGGAAAAAGGACCCAGGAGUGCCUCAGCUGUCACAUUUCAAAGAACAUGUCAAGAAAGGAGCAGCACUAAAAGAGAAAAGGGUGAGAUUAAGCAGUGGGAAGCCCUGCAUGGGGAAAUGAAGGCUGGCUUCUUCGAGUUCCUGGUUUCAUUUCCCAGUUUGGGAUCAGUGGUUGGGUACCAAACCUUGGCUCUAGAGCAGCUUUUCUCAACCUGUGGGUCCCCAGAUGUUGUUGAACUACAACUCCCAGCACCCCUAGCUAGCAAGACCAGAGCCCAGGGAUGAUGGGAGUUGUAGUCCAACAACAUCUGGGGACCCGCAGGUUGAGAACCGCUGCUGUAGAGUCUUAGGUUUCAAAGAGCCUGAAAAAUGGGUCUCUUUCCAAUGGGGCUCGUGGCAACCUCUUUGAGUUACGGCUUUGCACAUCCUCUCAGGCUACAGAACUGCAGGAGCGGCAGCGAACGGCACGGCAGAAGGAAAUCAGCCGGUUCCGGAGUUUAGAAGGGCUGCAGAAGGAUGCCUUGCACAGACAGCAGAAUUUUGAGCAGAAGGUACUGAAGUUUCAAAGACAUCAAAGCCGACUGCAGUGGGACCCUGUUCAUUUAGCUGUUUCGAAACUACUUGUCUGCCUCCUUUUUUGGAGACCCUGUAAGGCAGAGCUGGGGAACCUUUUUCAAAACCGAUGGCCAUGUUCCCUUCUCUCUGUGGCGCCUUCCAGGGCCAUGUGCCAGUGAUGUGCGGGGACAGAAGCAGAAGCAACAAAUGUGGAGCAACAAAUGCACAUUUCCCCUAUGUACUGUAAACUAGUUUUUACAUUCUCAGGCCUCUCUAUCCUGUGUUCCAUCCACAAACACAGAUCAUCAUCAGCUCCAUGUUUUCCCUGUCUUAACAACUUGCUGGUUGUGCCCAGGCUUAAUAAUAAUAAUAAUAAUAAUAAUUUAUUUAUACCCCGCCCAUCUGGUUGGGUUUCCCCAGCCACUCUGGGCAGCUUCCAACAAAAUAUUAAAAUACAAUAAUCUGUUAAACAUUAAACUUUGGAACAGCCUCCUGAGAGAGGCCCCAUCACUGCCUUUGUUUAGACAGCCAUUCUCAAAAUGUGGAUUUACUCCCCAAUGUGAAUAUUCCUGUUGCUCUAAAGUGGCUUGUUUUUAGGUUUUGGUCAUAUUUUACAUUUUGUGUCAUGUCGUCUAAACCGCAAGCUCCCGUGUGUAUGGUUGUAGAUAGGUAGGAUAGAAAUUAUUGUCCUAAACCCAACCCAUGGGCUUCUUGGUUUCCAGACAGUGGCUCAUAGUGGCAGUCCUUGUAAUUCUGCUUAUGCUACAAGCAAAAUUGCAAUUCACUUUCCAUGCUGUUCGAAGCAUUGGACUUGUUCCUUUAUGUAUGUCCCACUGGGUUCCAUUCGCCCUGCCUUAUUUUUUUAAUUUAUCUUUUACUUAGUGUUAAAAUGCUUUCCCAGCUGUAAUUAUUAUUAAUAAUAUCUGUUGUUUAUUAAAUUUGUAUACCGGGGAUAAUGCUGUAAGGUUAUUUAAUUUAUUUUUAAGCUAAAAUAUGAACUCUUUCUCUCCCUGCAGGAGAUGGAUCUGAAGCAACUGGCGAAACAUGCCAUGCUGGAGAAAGACAGUUCCUGCAAGGCCUAUUAUAGGGAGUUCAGGAAGGUCAGUGGGACUGUUGUCACUUAGUGUGGGGAAAGAUGCAUCUGCUCUGAGCGCGACUGUCCUCAGGGGCUGAGCCAGUUGUCAGGUGGCAAACUCUCUUGGCCUUCUCUCCCUUUAGGUGGUGGAAGCAGCUGAUGUGAUCCUGGAAGUCCUUGACGCACGAGAUCCACAAGGCUGCCGCUGCCCCCAGGUUGAGCAGGCCGUGGUGCAAGCUGGAGCUAACAAGAGGCUAGUCCUGGUGUUAAAUAAAAUAGGCAAGUGUGAAGGCCAGCCAUGAACGGCUCUCUGGGAAGGAAAGGGGGUCUGGCACUGGUAUGCUAUGAUUCUAGUCCUCUCUGCUGUGUUACUCAAGGAUAGCAGAGUGUUAGAUGCUCUCAUAGUCAGUGUUCAGCAAGUGUUAACCAGAAUCCUGCACUGUUAUAUUCAGGGUCUUUGCUUCUCUCCCAGAAUUCAAAUUCUGGCAGGGCAGUCCAGAGAAGUACAUAGAAUAAACAGACAAAUUACAAUAGCUGCUUUUCCAUAAUUUUAUUGUGAUUUCAGGGUUCUUGCAUUCAAAUAAUUUGGAAACAUAUGCUUUGGGGAAGCAGAGAAGGGCAAAUGAGAGAGCGGUAGAGGCUUAAUGACUGAUUUUCUGCAACCAUAAGCUUAAGAAGCUGAGUUGCAGCCACACAAGCCCUUUGUUCCUUCCCUUGCAGGUGUGAGUGAUUGAACAGGCAAGGAAGCCUUCCGUUAACUAUGAUUUCCCAUUUUCACUCAGCUGAGCAACUGUGAUUAACAGCUUCAGAACCAGCCAUGCUAGGAAGCUUGUUGGGCUACUGCAAAGAGAGGAGGAAAGGGGCUGCGUUCACACCCAGAAUGUAUUUUUAUAUCUCAGCUUAUUAAACUCAGAGAUUACUCAAAGCAGUCCAGAGGGGUUUGGCAAGGCUUGGCAGUUGUUGCAGAGAUGUUUUGUCCCUGGAGACGUGCUUGGUAUUCAAGCUUCGCUGAGGAUCCUAAAGUUAACUCUUCUCUUCUGUUCCUGGCCCAGAUCUGGUAUCUAAGGAAAUUGUAGCAAAGUGGCUGAAGUACCUGAGGAACGAAUUCCCCACGGUGGCCUUUAAAGCUUCCACUCAGCAGCAGAGCAAAAACCUGGUAAGUGGUGCUGGGAUUUUGCAGUGGGGCAAGUGAGUGACAGUUUUGGCCAGUUAUUAGUUUUCAUUGAAAGCCAUUUCGGGAAGAGCGGCUUCAGCCCUCUCCUCUUAAAGGGCUCUGUCAGCCGGUUCUGUUUCCACUGAUUCCUCUUACUCCUUAUUACUGUUAACGCAAAGUUAGCAACUCUGAGGCCAAGUGGUGCCUUUCAAGAGGUAUUAAGGUGCUGAUUCCUCAUGGAUGAAGGAGCGUCUCCACCCCCAAUCAUUCUGCCCAGACACUGAGGUCCAACUCCAAGGGCCUUCUGGCGGUUCCCUCACUGUGAGAAGCCAAGUUACAGGGAACCAGGCAGAGGGCCUUCUUGGUAGUGGCACCCGCCCUGUGGAACGCCCUCCCACCAGAUGUCAAAGAGAAAAACAACUACCAGACUUUUAGAUGACAUCUGAAGGCAGCCCUGUUUAGGGAAGCUUUUAAUGGUUGAUUAAUUACUGUAUUUUAAUAUUGUGUUGGAAGCUGCCCAGAGUGGCUGGGGAAACCCAGCCAGAUGGGCGGGGUAUAAAUAAAUUAUUAUUAUUAUUAUUAUUAUUAUUAUUAUUAUUAUUAUUAUUAAACCACUGAGCCUCUUGGGCUUGCUGAAGGUUGGUAGUUCGAAUCCCCGUGACAGGGUCAGCUCCUGUUGCUCGGUCCCAGCUCCUGCCAACCUAGCAGUUUGAAAGCGUGCCCAAAAGUGCAAGUAGAUAAAUAGGUACCGCUCCAGCGGGAAAGUAAACGACGUUUCCGUGCACUGCUCUGGUUUUGCCAGAAGUGGCUUAGUCAUGACCCGGAAACUGUACGCCGGCUCCCUGUCGGCUUAACUGGACUUAACUGUCAGGGUCCUUUACCUUUUCCUUUUUUUAACUGUAUGUGAGACUCCAGAUUACCAGAGGUGCCAACUUGAAUAAAAUAUUGAGGACAGGUAAGCCCCACCUGGCACAAUCAACCGCAUGACAUGGUGCAUGCAUACCAUUUGAAUGGCAAUGCCUAUUAACUUUGGGGGGACCCGGCCCCCUCAAAUACUUUAUGGGGAGGGGCGAAACCCUGUUGGCCCCUAGGAGUUGGCUCUUAUGCAGAUUACUAUGAUCCAUGGCCAAUAUUUCCUUUCUCUUUUAUUGUUUAUAUUCCUUCAUUGUAUUGAUUGUUGGGGGAGGGGGGAAACAGUAAAACAGUAAAGAAGAAAAACAAGCCAUUUUUUAAAGCGGCAGAACUUCUGGCGCUUCUCUUUUCCCCCACCUCCAGCAACAGAGCCGAGUCCCCGUAUCUCAGGCUUCGGGGGAGCUGCUCAGCGGGGGAGCCUGUGUUGGGGCAGACUGCCUCAUGAAGGUGCUGGCCAACUACUGCCGGAACCAGGAUGUCAGGACAGCCAUCAGUGUUGGGGUUGUGGGUGAGUAGGGAGCCCCUCUUGGAGGGAGAUGUAAAGCCGGCUGGGGGGGGGGAUCUCUUAAAUCCUACCCCCAUUGCUCAGAAAGACAUUGGGAUAAUUCGAGGUAAUUUAAAUAUGUUUUGGGACGCGGGUGGCGCUGUGGGUUAAACCACAGAGCCGAAGACUUGCCGAUCAGAAGGUCGGCGGUUCGAAUCCCCGCAACGGGGUGAGCUCCCGUUGCUCGGUCCCUGCUCCUGGCAACCUAGCAGUUCGAAAGCACGCCAAAGUGCAAAUAGAUAAAUAGAAACCGCUCCGGCGGGAAGGUAAACGGCAUUUCCGUGCACUGCUCUGGUUCGCCAGAAGCGGCUUAGUCAUGCUGGCCACACGGCCCGGAAGCUGUACGCCAGCUCCCUCGUCCAGUAAAGCGAGAUGAGCAUCGCAACCCCAGAGUCGGUCACGACUGGACCUAAUGGUCAGGGGUCCCUUUACCUUUAAAUACGUUUUAAUAUUUUAACUUUUGUAUGUUUUAAAGCACAGUUGUAUUCUUUCUUGACUUUCUCGUGUUAUCUUCUUGUAAAUGCUUUGAGGGUUUUUAAAAAAAAGUUAAGCGGUGUAUAAAUUUUGUGAAAAUUUAUAAAAUAUGGUAGGAAUCAAAGCACUUGGAUAUCUUUCCUGACCUUGUUAAAUAUCGGACCUCUUGCCUCUCAGGUCCAGAUGACCUGGCAAAGUUGUGCCAAGGCUGCAAGCCCAUGAUGUGUGGGUACGCACAUUGUAAAAAUAAUAUUUAUUUAUUUAUUUAUUUAUUCCCCACCUUUUCCCCUGGCAGCGAUUCAAGGCUGCUUAGAGAUAAAAAAAACAAAACAGCUAAAAAUGGGGGGGGGGCAGCAUUAAAAAAUUAUUAAGCAUUUAUAGAAUAUUAUGUAUAUUCUAUUUAAAACAUACAGUCACAACAAAAGCAGUAUAGCACCAGCUCCCUCUUUAAAAGCAGCCCAUUCCCAAAAGCCUGUUGGAACAAGAACGUCUUCACCUGCCCAUGGAAGGACAGCCAGGAGGGAGCCAGUCUAACUUCUCUAAGGAGGGUGUUCCAAAAUUGUCUGGCCACCACCGAAAAGGCCCUCUCCUGCGUCUCCACUCAGAGAAGGGCCUCCCUCAGAGAUCUCAAAACCCGGCCAGGUUUGUAGGAGGGAAUGCAGCCCUUCAGGUAGUUUGGACUUAAGCUGAAUAGGGUUUUAUAGGUCAUAACCAGCACUUUGCAUUGUGCCCGGAAACAGACCGGAGCCGCUGCAACAAGGGAGUCAUAUGCGGCACAUCAGAACGACUUGCUACUGAGCAAGGAUCCUGCCUGUUGGUGUUGCUGGACAAGAACCUUUGAAGAUGCCUUUGUUCUGGCUGCUGGCGCUCAUUCAUUCAAAGACGAAAGGCGGCUUGUGGGCAGCUGUGCCUUCCUUUUCGGUGCUGCGUUAUUUUUGCUAUAGGGAGUGGAGAGAAGGAGGUGCUCACAGAGGUAGGACUAAUCUUGAGUGGGAGCAGGUGCUUUUGCUGAUGGCUCUGCCCGCUUCUCCCAUAUCUCACUGCAGGCUUCCCUAAUGUUGGCAAAAGCAGCUUGAUCAACAGCUUGAAGAGGAGCCGGGCCUGCGGUGUUGGUGCUACUCCUGGCGUCACCAAGUACGUAGCAGUCCUUCUGUGCAUGCUGUAGAAGCCAGGGUUUUGGGGUGGGGGUAGUUCUCCCUUGAGCUUUGUCUAUGUAUGGCAGCAGUUCUCAACCUGUGGGUCCUCAGAUGUCGUUGGACUACAACUCGCAUCAUCUCUGAGCUCUGGCCUUGCUAGCUAGGGGUGAUGGGAGUUGUAGUUCAACAACAUCUGGGGACCCACAGGUUGAGAAAGGCUGGUGUACGGUGUCUUAAGUUGUUAAGGCCAUUCAGUUCUAGGUUAUCUGUAGAACCCGCAACAUUUUAGGGUGUUUGUGAGCCAGCCAGAGGCGCAGCUGCAGAACAGCAUUGGUUGUGCUGGAAAGGAGAGCUUUGGACCUUGUGUGUUCAGGCCAAGUUGGAUUUCAGGGCACCGGUAUGGAAAGGAAAGGUUGGCUAGACAGUGUGCAAGGAAGGGGAAUGAUGGAACUGUGGGUGCACUCCAGCUCAGCAGUGGCACAUGUGACAUCUCCCCAGAUGCUGGGAAGGGGCUGUGGGCCUCAGAGACACAGGGAAGAAGAUUUGUGCUGUGGGUCUUAAGAGACGAGGCAAGAUGCAUCCCUCUACCCCCUUUCCUGAGACAGUCUGGACCAUAGUUUAGAGGUCCCGGGCCCUAAGGAAGUCAGACUAUCCUCCACCAGGGCCAGGGCCUUUUCGGUGAUGGCUCCGACCUGGUGGAAUGCUGUGUCCUAUGAGACUAGGGCCCUUCAGGAUUUAACCUCCUUCCGUCGGGCCUGUAAGACAGAGCUAUUCCGCCUGGCCUUUAAUUUGAAUUCAGCCUGAUCUUUUAUUUCCCUUUUCUUCCCUCCCCCUCCCCUUUUAUGAAGAUUACCUGCUCUGAAACCCCACAGUUAAUUCUCCCCUGGCCUCCUCGCUGGCCCAAGUAGGACCAAUUCAGCCAGCUAGCCCUGGUGAUUAUCUAAUGCUUAUUUCCCCUAAAUUGAUUUCUGAAUUUUAUUGUUAUGCAUGUUUUUAUACUGUAUUUUAUGCUCCAAUUAAGUCUUUUAAAUUUUUUGUUAGCUGCCCUGAGCCCGGUUUUUUGAACUGGGAAGGGCAGGGUAGUAAUAAUAAUAAUAAUAAUAAUAAUAAUAAUAAUAAUAAUAAUGAUGUAGCUUUGGGGAACUGCAGAGGCCUUUUGAACUUGCACUGCUUUAUUACUUACAGUGAGCUCUUUCGAAACAGCAGGAUCGCCGUGUAAAAAGUGGCCCAGGUCUUCCCACUGCUUGGGAGCACAAGGAAUGUUGCAGGAUGGAGGAGGCGUUGGGGGGCAGGUAUCCUGACAAAGGGAUAUCAAACUGAGCGUUAGGUGGUAUCCUAUAGCACCUUCGCUAUAGGCAGAUGGGGGGGAAUGAAUGAGAGACAUGCUGGUAACCGUUUUGCUCCUCAGCACUCUGCUUAUUUGGCCGAUUGGUUGCAACUUAAAAAUGAUUACAUUCACAACCAAACUCCCAAUGGAAUAAAUUAAAACCUCAGAACAAUUAAACGGUUAAAAUACAGCAGCAAAAUAAAUAAAAGCCAUUUAGUCAGACCAGAUAAAGGACUCCUUCAGAGGCACGGACUAUUUUGCCUCUAAAGCUCUGUUGAGAAAAUGGACUUUGUGCUCUUUUUCUGAAGGCCAGGAGAGAUGUCUGGGGGUGGGGGUGGUUGUGCAACACUGGGGCUGCAGCUCUGGGUGGACUUUGAACAGAGAGGCCUGAAAUCAGAUCCUUCCUCAAAUAGUCCACAGGCUGUGGAGCGUUGCUAUCACUGAGCAUAACCUACCUUACAGAUAUGCAGUGAGGAUUACAAUAGCUGUGGGGGGUCCCUGUAUAUGCACCUCUGAGCUCAUUGGAUGAAGUUGUGUGUCGAGACCCCGAAGCCACCCCCUUGCUGAGAAAUAACACACACAAGGACACGGAUAUUAGGUUAAUGUUAUUGGGCAAAUUUUGGCCACAACUUUAUUGAUUACAGAAUGUGAGCGGUAUUGGCUUAGGCACUGAAUGGACCCAACUAUAUCUGACUCCUGCCUGAUGUGCAGGAAGUCCGGUAAGGGUAAACCACAGGUAGGGGGAGCCCUGUCGAUGCAGACCAACUCAAGCUCCCCCUGGUGUUCCCAUCGGGGUCGUGUCAUGGCCCUAGCCCCCAACUGGGCUUCAGACAAGAUCAACACCCCUGGAUUCCUUUAACGGAAUACCCUUAAGCAUGGAGGGGCAGGUGAUGGCCACAUGUCCCCUCCCCCACACAAGGUCAAUCAAUGCCCAACCGCAACCCUAACAAAGCUGUGAUGAUUGCUAUGAGGUAGGCGAAAACCAAGUGGCCAGUGCCAAUUUGCCAAGUGGAAAAAUUCCUACCAGGUCCCUUAAUGGUGACCAACCGAGGUCCAUAGCAAGGCCAGUGCCUAAAACCUGCAAAUUAGGGAGGGAGGGAGGGUGAUUGAGGAAUUAAAUGGUCCCGGCCACAUCCGUCCCCCCCCCCAGCCAGCGGAUUGGCUGGCCAGGCUCUGAUGUGGCCGGUGUUGUAAACAAAAAUUGCCCUUUUCCCUUAUGGGGUAUCCAAGAGCCCAUGUAGAGUCCUUACAUAGGUUCCCUAUUGGUAGGAGAAGAUUACAGAGGCCAACCAGAGAAUAUUGAGAAGCAAAGCAGCUAGUAAGCUUGAUCUUUACUGAUCUGUUGCAACAGGGUGCUCCCCUCACCUGCAGGAGAGGAGGAGGAACCCAGAAAAAUGGCAUGCAAGGCCUUAUAAAGACUUUUGAAAUUGCCACCCUGUAGAUCAAGACCACCCCCAGAAACAUCAUACAUACAUCACAGAAGGGUGUAACCUAAGACCACCCCUCAGAUACAUCAUACCUACAUCACAAAAAAGGCAGUCUAAAACAGAAAUUUGAAUGUUGUUUUUCUCCUGUCUUUGUUUAUCUCCUGUCUGGCAGGUUACUUGAUUGGAUUUUCUGGGGAGCUUGGCCAGUCUUUUGAAAUGAUAAAUACUUAGUUCCUGGGCCAGGUCACAGGCGCACACCCUAUUCAUAUCUUGAAUGUGCCCUUAAGAUAGGAUUUGUGAGGAAAGAGACAAUGGGGAGGUUUCCCACUUUGACCUUGCAGAGAAAACAUUUGCUCAGUUUAGGAAUCAAAAUGGUUCCAGGUUGGUCUUCCUGUGCUGAUCUAUGUACAUGCUUGGUUGGUACGCUUAUGAACAUUACCACAUAUCUAAGACCUCAAAAUUCCUAUCACACCGGGAUCCCCCGGGCAAUGGGGGACCAAGCCCCCCGCCCCCGGAGGGGAGUGGGUGGCCACGCAGUCCAGCGCAACUCCUCCUCACAGGGAAGUGGAGCAGAUAUGCCUGGAGUACUGUGGCCAGUUCUGCGCUCCACACUUUUAAGAUGUGUAUUGUAAGAACAUAAGAGCCUGGUUGCUGGACCAAUGACCCAUCUUGUCCAGCAUCCUGUUCCCUCAGUGACGAUUCAGAUGCCUGUGGGAAACUGACAACCAGGACCUGAGCACAAGGGCGGAGCCCUCUCCUGCCUUGUCUGACAAGAGGCCUUCAGAAAUACAUGGUCUCCAGCCACAGAGGCAGAGCCCUUAGCCAUCCAACAGAUAUGUGUUCAGAGGUGGGUGGCAAAGGUGGUGAGAGGCUGAUGCAAGUCCUGUGAGAAAAUCUGGGGGUGGCCUGGGGAAGAGACAGUUCAGUGGUGAUAUAAAAGAAAUUUCAGUAUUUGAAAGGCUGUUGCACAGCUGACAGAGCAGAUUUAAUUUCCGUUGCUCUGAAGGGAGAGGAGGGCCAGGCUUAAUAGUUGUAGAUUCCAGCUAAACACUGGAGUGAGCUUCAUUAUUUAUUCCUACAUCAUUUUUAUUGAUUUUCCAAAUUUUAAUGAAUCAACCACAAAUUAAAACAAAUUUAAUACAUCCACCCCCCAAAAAAUGGCUUUCCACCAUCAAUGUGUCCAUAAAUUCCUCUUGUUGCUGCAUUUUCUUGGUUAUUUCUAAUCCACAUUCCACUCCCUGUAAUUAACCUUACAUUACAAUAUUUUUUUGGUUAUUUUUAACUUGUCCUUAACCAUCAGCUACCCACUUGCCAAUUCCUGCAAGGUUUUAACAUUUCCAAUAUCUGCCAGUGAGGUUACUCAACAAAUAGAUCAGCUGGAGUGAACUUUCUGAUGAAAGGAGCUGCUCAGAAAUAGGACAGACGGUCUCAGAAGAUCGUAAGCCAGGCACCCCCAAACUCAGCCCUCCGGAUGUGUUGGGACUACAACUCCCAUCAUCCCAUGCUAACAGGAACAGUGGUCGGGGAUGAUGGGAGUUGUAGUCCCCAAACAUCUAAUGGGCUGAGUUUGCCUAUGCCUGUUGUAGGUUCUCCUGCACUGGAGAGGGAGCUGUAGGGUGAACAUUUCCUGUGUCAUCAGGACAUUGAACUAGAUGACUUUUGAAGUCCCUGUCAACUCUGAUUCUACAAUUUAUGAAGUGUGGUAAGAUAGACAGCUGGAGCAAUAAUGGUUGCUCUACGCUCUACCUUCAUGACAGGAAGGGAUACAGCACAGUGCUUUAGCAGAUGGUGCUAACAGGUGGAGGGGCAUUUUUCUUGGAAUAAGUUGACUCCCUCCCUCUUGUGCUGUCUCCUUUUAGGUGCCUGCAAGAGGUGCAGCUGGACAAGCACAUCAAACUUCUGGACUGUCCAGGGAUUGUUGUGGCUUCUCCCACCUCAGAUGCCGCCAUGAUCUUACGAAACUGUGUCAAGAUAGAGCAACUGGUUGACCCCGUGAGCCCAGUGGAGGCCAUCUUGAAGCGAUGCAACAAGCAGCAGGUAGCUGUGGGGCAGGGCAGGGGGAGGCAGACCCUGGUUGUGAUGGUGGGCAGACAAUUAGGCAGCAGAGAGCCAGGAAUUCUGGGCUCCUCUCAAAGCUUUAGGGAGAAUUGGGAGAGAAGAGUUGUAGAGUGGCAAACUUAAUUCACUUUCACUGAUGUUAGCUUCUUAAUUCACUUAAUUCAUUGAUGUUAGCUUCUGGGGGAAGGCUUGUUGUGGUUUUUCUGGAUUAAAUCCAAGUUGAAGGGAGCGAGUGUGCCCUCCAGGUUCCAUCAGCUCAGAUGCAAUUUCGGGCAAAGGUCUUAGUUUAGAGCAGGCAUCCCCAACCUGCGGUCUCCAGAUGUUUUGGCCUACAACUCCCAUGAUCUCUAGCUAACAGGACCAGUGGUCAGGGUGCUUUUGUUGCAGCAGACUUCGCAGGGCCUUUUCUUUUGGGAAAUUAAAUUUUAACAGUAGGUAGUAACUGGGUUUCUCAACUGCCCUUGAUUUAAGUACAUUCACAGCACAUGUCUUCCUUCCCCAAAUCUGGUAAUUGUAGAUUUUUACAGGUCUUUGGGACACGGGUGGCGCUGUGGGUUAAACCACAGAGCCUAGGACUUGCCGAUCAGAAGGUCGGCAGUUUGACUCCCCGUGACGGGGUGAGCUCCCGUUGCUCGGUCCCUGCUCCUGCCCACCUAGCAGUUCAAAAGCACGUCAAAGUGCAAGUAGAUAAACAGGUACCGCUCCAGCGGGAAGGUAAACAGUGUUUCUGUGUGCUGCUCUGGCUCACCAGAAGCGACUUAGUCCUGCUGGCCACAUGACCCGGAAGCUGUACGCCGGCUCCCUCGGCCAGUAAAGCGAGAUGAGCGCUGCAACCCCAAAGUCGGUCACGACUGGACCUAAUGGUCAGGAGUCCCUUUACCUUUUUGCAGGUCUUUGGAAUUGUAGCGCUGUGUGGGAUAAACUGCAGUUCCCAGGAUUCUUGGGUGUGAGAGAAUUUGCUUUAAAUUUUUGGUGUGUGCACAGGCAUGUGGAGGCUCCCCCCCCCCUUUCAGAGGGCUGAAUUCCCUUGAAGCAAACUAAUUGGGGGCUGCAUAUCAGUGGUGAGUGAGAAAGAAGCUGUGCUGAGAAAAGGGAGCCACUUUCUCACGGCACAGAGGCUAGGACCCGAACCCAUGGCUUCAAGUUACGAGAAAGGAGAUUCUGACCAAAUACCAAGAAGAACUUUCUGAUGGCAAGAGCUGUUUGACAGUGAAACGGACUCCUGGGAGGUUUUUAAGUAGAGUUUGGAUGGCCAUCAGUCAUGCAUGCUUUAGUUGAGAUUCCUGCAUUGCAGGGGGUUGGACUAGAUGACCCUCAGGAACUCUUCCAACCCUACAGUUUUGUGAUUCUAUUAAAAGUGAGCUGGCAGUGUAGAAAGUGAGUGCAAUCUUGCCAGUAUUGCACACACCCCUCCCCUGGUUUUCAAUGCUGCACAAGUGACUUGAGUGUGCCAGGAAAAUUGUGGCUUCUUUGGCUGCCUGAGAAGAAGGGUAGGGGCCAAACUGAGAGGUCUGGCUGGCAGGCUGGACUUAGCCCACUGCCUGGAGAUGAUGAUGAUGAUGAUGAUGAUGAUGAUGAUGAUGAUGAUGAUGAUGAUUUAUACCCUGCCCAUCUGUCUGGGUUUCCCCAGCCACUCUGGGCGGCUUCCAACAUAGCACUAAAAUACAAUAACAAUGGUUUAGGGUAUGGUUACCACUAUCUUUCCCUCCUCUCUUUCUCCUCAAUUCAGUGUUGCAUCAGCUUAUUUCCCAAGGAGCCAGCAGUACUGUGGCUGAGUGUGCCAGAGGGAAGAUUCAAGAGGGGCAUUGUGAGCCCCCAGUGCUUGUCAGUCAAUCCUGCUCUUUUUGGAGUCAUCUGAGGAGGAGGAGGAUUACUACUAACUGGGCAAUUGGCUUCUCACUUCUUCUCCCCCCCAGAUUAUGCAGCACUACCGCGUGCCAGAUUUCCAGGACACCAUGGAGUUCCUGGCUCAUUUGGCCAGGCGGCAGGGAAAGCUGAAGAAAGGAGGGACGCCUGACCACGAGAAGGCAGCCAAAGCCAUACUAAGUGACUGGACAAGGUGAGCAAAGAACAGAAUUAUGUAUUAUUAUUAUUAUUAUUAAUUGAAUUUAUAUACUGCCCUAUACCCAGAGGUCUCAGGGCCGUUCACAGAACAGAAUUUCAACAGGAUGAAGGAACUUUUGUCUCAUGCAGCGGUUGGUGAUUAUCAAGUGGACCUGCUCUGUCCCAUGUGACCAGGGCCCUGCAGGAUUUAACUUUCUUCUGCAGGGCCUAUAAGACAGAGCUAUUCCGCCUGGCUUUCAAUCUGAAUUUAGCCUGAUCUUUUAUCCCCCUUCCUUCCCUCCCCCUCCCCUUUUAUGAAGAUUACCCGCUCUGGGAUCCCACAGCUAAUUCUCCCCUGGUCUCCUCACUGGCCCAAAUAGGACUUAUUUAGCAAGCUAGCCCUGGUGCUCAUCUAAUAUUGGAUGGAUUUUCCCCCUAAAUUGAUUUUUGAAUUCUGAAUGUAUUGUUAUUCACAUUUUAUACUGUAUUUUAUGCUGUUUUUUGUUGCAUCAAUUAAGUGUUUUAAAUUUGUUGUUAACCGCCCUGAGCCCAGUUUUCUGAACCAGGAAGGGCGGGGCAUAAAUAAAAAAAUAAUUAUUGUGUGUGUGUGUUUGCUUGCCAUUGUUAGGGCAGGAGUGGGGAAUUUCUUCCAGACCGCCUUCCCUUGAGGGCAGCCAGGGUAGGCGGGGCCAGAGGCAAAGUGGGCGGAGCAAUGAAUGUAAAUUUUACCUUUUUGCAGUAGGCAGGUUUACACACACACACACUCCUCUGAAUCCUCCAUAACAGGAAGCAAGAAGCAUUAUCCGAGUUCAAGAACACAUUCCAGCUGGGCAGAAACACUUGAGGGGAUGUAAAGCAGGGCUGGUGCCAGAUGUUGCCUAGGGAGAGCAGGCAAGGCCGGUGUAAGGUUCUGAGGACUAGAUGGAGCAGUCCCAGGCCUGAGUGUUUUGUGGCCCCCAGUUCUAAUCUAGUCUCAAGUGAGCAAGGACCAACCAUGGGGGGAAAAUAGAUCUGAAGGGAUACUGCCUCCUUCUCUGUAAUGCAUGCUGCUGAUAUCAGUGUUCAAUGCUUUCCUUUUUGUCCCUGCUAGUGGGAGGAUCAGCUAUUUUACACACCCGCCUGAGACUCACACGCUCCCCACUCACAUCAGCGCCGAGAUUGUUGCGGAGAUGGGCAAGGCCUUUGAUUUUGAGGCACUGGAGCAAGAGAACGAGAAAGUCUUGGCAAGUAAGUGACAGGCAGAGAGAGAAGCCGAGGCACUGUGAUUCCGCUUCCAGCCAUUCCAGCUAUUAUUAUUAAAAAUUCUAUACAACCUUUCAUCUGAAGAUCAGAGGGCAGCUUUCAGUAUACAGUGGCACCUUGGUUUAAGAACAGCUUAGUUUAUGAACAACUUGGAUUAAGAACGUGGCAAACCUGGAAGUAGGUGUUUUGGUUUGUGAUCUUUGCCUUGGAAUAAGAGCACGUUUUGCUUCCUGUUGAGUGUGUUCCAUUUGUAAAUUGAGUCCCCUGCUGCUAUAGAAAAGCACACCUUGGUUUAAGAACAGAUUUUUGUAACGGAUUAGGAUCAUAAACCAAGGUACCACGGUACAAAUGACAUACCAUAGUAUCAAACAAAACAAUAACACACACACACACCAGUUUAAAAGGCCAUAGAUUGUAUACUCAAGCAAGGGCCUGAGAGAAAAGGAAUGUCUUUGCCUGGUGCCUAAAGAGACGUAGGCAAGCCUUGGCCACCCCUACAGUGGUUUCUUGGUGAAUAAGAGGCGCUGCUCUUCAUCCCUUCCUCCCUGGCUGGAGGAAAGGCACCAGUUGUGGUUUGCCUCAGGGGCCCAAAUGUAUUUCGCUGGCCCUCUCCUGGGUAGCGAGCAAGCUGGCCUUGCCACUGUUUCCUUGGGACGAGGGAGAUGGCGAUCUAUGAAGGUGCCCAGUAGAUGGAUGGCCAGAUUUUGCCCCUGUUCUCCUUUGGUCAGAGAUGAGUCGCCACCUCAGCGUGUCCUCCUUCCCCACACCGCUGUCCCUUUUCAUCAAUUCAAUCUGUUGCAAUUCAAGAGAGGUGUUUCACGGACCUUACCUGUUGCAGACUUGCCCUCGGGCCCUGCUGGCAUCACCUUGGAGGGCUCUGGCCUCACCACUGGAGAAGAAGCUGGCAUGGAGGAGGAGGAGGAACUCUGUCCUCAGGACCAAGGAGAGGUUAAGAUGGAGGAAACUGGGAGUGAGGAGGUAGGCAUGAACAUAAACACGACCCAGUGACAGGAGCAACCCUCAGUAAAUCACAGAUGCAAAGGAGUCAAUUUAAAGGAACAAACUAUGUUACUAUUGUUAUUUACAGAUACAUGUCUUAUAUUUAUGUUAAUUUUCUUCAUCUUCUCUUGUCUUAUUACCAUGCAUUCGACUGCAACAUACUACGCUUUGAUGAAAUGAUGAAACAGAAAAGCAAUUAAAAAAAAAAAGCCUGUAGUAAAUCACACUGAGCAAGUUAGCCUUUUAUUAGCAAAAACAGGAUCUACAUCAGAGUGUCAGGUCUAUAGUGAAUAGCAAUUCAUUCCCGGGGGUCUUGCCCCCACAAAGCAGUUGUUGAGACUGAAGGUCCCCCCCCCCAGCUGCUUAAGUCCCCCUCCUUACCAGGGCUUUCCCCAAGCAAUCAGAGACUGCUUCUGUGAAGCUAACGUCUCUUCCGCUCUCUUCCUGCCUUUCCUGGUUCUGGGAGACGUGUGGAGAAGGGGGCAGGAGGAGGGGGAAUCACCCAUGGCUCUUCACCAGCCAGACUCAUCUCUGCCUCUCGGCCUCCCUCCUCUCCCGUUUCAGCUUCUGAUUCUGCACUUCUCUCUGCCACAGACUCUCCCAGCUCACUAAGCCCUGUUGCCUCUUCAGCUGCUGCCACUUCCUCCUCCAAGUCUUCUCCCUCUGACCCCUCUUCUCCAUCCCACCACCAAUCCCUGGGCUCUGAGCCUUCUUCCCUUGGAGGUUCCCAAGCUGGUUCCUCACACCACUCCUCUGUGUCCAAUCCGUUUGUGACAUCCAACUUCAAGAUCCUGGCAGCAGUUAGGGCUUUGGCUUGUCAUGGUGCUGUUUUAGGAACUUUAUCCUGAGUAAGGCCACUGAUCCGCCUGUCAGUCUUGCCUACAGCAGGCAUGGGGAACCUCUAUCCCGGGCACCCCCAAACUCGGCCCUCCAGAUGUUUCGGGACUACAACUCCCAUCAUCCCUAGCUAACAGGACCAGUGGUCAGGGAUGAUAGGAAUUGUAGUCCCAAAACACCUGGAGGGCCGAGUUUGGGGAUGCCUGCUGUAGCCCAUGGGUUGUUUUGGGGAAGCCACACCUGAUGUCAGAGGUGGGUAAGGGUAGGGCUUCAGGUUGAGAGCUUGAUUGCUAGAACAAGGUGUGUGCUAAACAGCUGAUGAAAACGGAUACUGCCAUAGAGUCCACUUCUCCCUGCCAGGGCUUUUUGUAAAUUUCAGAGCCCUUUCUAAGCCUUCCCGCGCUCCUCCUUUACACCUCCAACAAUGGAGGCAGAAUAGAAAAACACAGGGAGGAUUGCUGUUGCAAUAGGAAACGAGAGAAAAUGCAGGAUUCCUUUUCUUGCUUAACAGAGGGUGGUGGUUGUAGGAAAGGACCUAAGGGGAGAAAGAAGCAGUAGUGGGAAGCUUCUCUCGCUACCUUCUCUCUCUUCCCAGCUGGGGUGGGCAGUAAAAGGGCAAAAGAUUCCCCUUGUCAUCCUGGCCCCCCCUUCUGCAGCAGGAACCCCACAAUAUCAUGUGAUAGGUGGACAGCCCUGCUCACCUGUUAAAUUUGGCCCACAAGGCUGACCCUGAUAAGGAUUUGACAACGACUUCUUUUAUUGGGUUUUAUAAACAAGAAUAAUGUAAAACAUUCCCUUUUCCAGUCAGACAGAGGUCUCUCUCAGCCCUCCCUGAAGAUUCCAGGGACUGAACCUGGGACGUUCUGCAUGCAAAACAAAUGUUCUGACACAGAGUUGUCAGGUAUCAUGUUGUGGAAUAUUUGAAACUUGCCCCCAAAAUUCCCAGGUUUUUAAGAAUUCCCUUUGUGGUUCAAAUUAAAUUUUGAACUAACUUGGUGUGUAAAAAGAAUACUUCAGUGAAUUCAGAAUUGUGUGUCUGAUAUUUGAAGUAGCCAUUAGAAGAGCGCAAAAGUGGAAGUGUUAUGGAGUGAGAAAAGGGGCUGCUGCCCCCCCCCCCCCCGAUGUCCUGCAGCCACAAAAAGUUUUUGUAGGCUGUUUCGUCUCUCUCUCCCCUGCCCCCGGCCAGGUUUUGUCAGGAAUCUUGUGACUGUCAGAUAGCCAAAUCCACAGGCUUGUGGUUUCACCUUCUUGCGAUGCCACAGCAUAGAAAACACUCAAGGUCUGUUUGGUUUUUGGCUAGAAACAGAGGGGCAAACUGGAAGACGGAGGUGCCUGCAAUGAGAGAGAGAGAGAGAGACUCCUUCCUCAUACAAAUUAGGAACAGCACUGGCAGCUAAUGCCAGAAUGAGAAAGGAAGAGAAUGAGAACUCUCUGCUGCCUAAAAGACAAGAUUCCUUUUAUUUAACUCCUAGAGUAAUGUUCCAAAAAGCACAGGGCAAGAUGAAAUAUAUGUCAUGUCAGCACAAACAGUCCCUUGCCAGCUAUGGAUUGAAACAGAGAGGCAAUGUGGUUUAGGGUGAAUGCAUGCCGGACUUUGAGCGGGGAGGUGGUGAAAAACUCUGGGUGGUCGUGUCUAAGGCUCAGUCUUGCCCAUCUUCAUUUGGCAAAUGAUAACCUUUCAUGUAGUACUUGUAGCCCUGGAUCCACAGUAGGACAUAUGACAGUAGUGUUACAGACAAGUAGUCGUGAUCAUAAGCACAUGUAUGAUCUUUGAUCUGAAUGGCUCCCACUUUGCACUAACUAGCUCAAAGAUCUGGGUAAAAUUGGAUGGGCUAUCCAUCAAGUUCAGUGCCAGAUCUCCAAAUAAAUACUUGUAGCCACGGCUGUAUGUACUGAAAUGUCACAAUUCUGCGUCAAGAAAAUGUGGGAUCUCCAACCUCUAUAAAUUGGGUCACUCCGUGCUGUUUGCCCAAUCCGAUCUGUAAUUUUAUGGGAUGUUAAGAACCCGAAGUUGUGGACUUUUGGCAAUCUGCUACCACUUUUCAACCUUUUUUUUUUUUUUUUUUGCAACCAACAGGGCUAGAAACUUGCUUUCUCUUUUUAAAAUGAAAGUUAAGAUCAGAUUUCUGCAUACUGUCCUUCUUUGAAAUUGCACAGCACGCACAGUCACGGUCAUAGCACCCAGGAUAAGGCCACUUUAAGAGUAUUCCAAUGAGUGUUUUUUGUUCUUAAAUAUUUAUAGUGCAGUUGUGGCUGCAGUAACUGGGCCAUGGCAGUAUAACAGUGACUGGGCUCUAACUUGAGUUUAGGCAUUGCAACUAAUUCCAACCCAGCAGCCUCAAGAACUUAAGCCAACUGCUAGAGGCUGGAAUCUUCCUUGUUUUAUACAUGCUAGAGAAUGAAGCUUAAGAUGAAGGAGAUCUUCCUUUUGCCCUCCCUAGUUUGGCGCAAUGACUGUAGAGCUGAAAGCGAAGAACAAGACCCUAGUGGAAGCAGAGAAGUCUGUGCCAAGGGCUCCUAACCUAGCAGAGAUCUCCGCCUUGGACCCUCUGCACCAGGGGCAAGGCCUGAAAGCUGCAAGCAAGAGACGCAAAAAACAGCAGAAACGAGCAGGUAAAGGAUGCCCAGAGUGGGCUUGCUGAAUAUCUGCAAAUGUUUUUUUCCUCAGUUACUUCCUGGGAAUCAUCCUUCGAGUAAAUUAAGGAACCAGAGCAAGCAAGGCUGUCCUCAUGGAAAGAUUUAAGAGCUGUCAUUUGGUCAUAUUCCUUUUCUUUGUUGUGGGGGUAGAGUGGGAGUGGGAAGAGUGAAAAGAUAAAAUUCAAGAUCCCCCAUUUGGAAUCUCCAUCCCCAGUAGAUGGGGACAGAGCCUUGCCCUCUGUAGCUUCUUCCCGGAUCGGGUUCCAGAAGCCCGUGAAUGUCCCACAACAUAAGAUUUCUGUGACAGAGCCUCCACUCUUCCUUUUCAGUAGUUCCCAGGCCUCAGGCACCCUUUCCUUGAUACCCUUCAGUCCGUACACGGGAAUCAGUUAUUAUGUCCCAUCCGUGGAAACGAUGUGCAAGGAUUUCUGCUUGCACAGCAGGACUCUCCCGCAAAUCCUCCCACCAUUUGUUCAUGGGGUAUGGAAGGACCCCCAAAACAGUAAAAAAGGUAAAGGGACCCCUGACCAUUAGGUCCAGUCGUGGCUGACUCUGGGGUUGCGGCGCUCAUCUCGCUUUAUUGGCCGCUUCUGGGUCAUGUGACCAGCAUGACUAAGCCACUUCUGGCGAACCAGAGCAGCACACGGAAAUGCCGUUUACCUUCCCGCUGAAAGUAUUUAUCUACUUGCACUCUGACAUGCUUUUGAACUGCUAGGUUGGCAGGAGCUGGGACCGAGCAACGGGAGCUCACCCCGUCAUGGGGGUUCAAACUGCCGACCUUCUGAUCGGCAAGUCCUAGGCUCUGGUUUAACCCACAGCGCCACCCAUCCCAAAACAGUAUGUGGAGGCAUAUUGUUUUAUUUGGCCAGCCAAAACGAUCAGAAAAGCACAACAUUGAAUUCCUCCCUGUAUGAUUUUUACUGUCAUCUAAUCUUCUCCUUCACAGCCAGGAGAAAUGAUGAAACAUUUGCAUGUACAUCAUUCACCUUUCCUCCCUCUCUUCAAAUGCCGAGGGGACAAGACUGUCCUUCCCCAUCAGUUUGUUCCAUCAAUAGCGGCUGCCUGAAUCUGAUUAGGCUUCUUCCCUGCAAACCUAAAAUGGCCAGCCAGCUGCAGCUCCUCCUCCUUUGCUUGCAGCAGCACAUUUUAGAAAAGAGACAAGAGGUUUCCAAGGAUGCCAUUCAGACAUCUAACCCCUUUUUAUCUUCUCCUCUUCUGCAGAGAAGAUCGCCACCAAGCUCUCUGCAACGUUGACGGCAGCCAUGAAUUUCAGCUUGUCAGAUGACUAGGAAAGGGUAUUGUGCAGAAGAAGACGGUCGCAGGGAAUUUGUUUACCUACCUCAGAAAGGCUGCUAUCUGUGGCCUGCCACACUUGGCAGGAGGAGAAAUCCCUUGCCUCCUACGAUACUCACAUAACAUUGUGGGAAUCGACAGCCUGAAGCCUAUGCAAAACGCAGAGUUGUUUCUGUAAGAAACUAUUUAUUAACAGGUUAAAAAUUUGAAAGCGUGAAUAAAUAAAUCAUGUCUCUAAAAGACCCUUUCCUCAGCUUUAUAUAUGCUGCAGCAGACAU